AUGGUGCAGCUUUUCAGCGUCCCAGCGUUUUUCAUCUUGUUCCGGGAGACUUUGGAGGCGGCGAUCAUCUUGUCCGUGAUGAUGGCUCUCUUGGACAGGAUGGUGGAGAAUGAGCGGGUGCGACGAAGGAUGAAGUGGCAGGUGUGGUCAGGGGUGGUCGGGGGAGUGUUGCUUUCGUUUAUAGCCGCGGCUGUUUUCCUAUCAUUGUACUACACGGUGGCCAAGGACGCUUGGGCGAGCUCAGAACCUCUGUGGGAGGGCAUUCUAGGCCUCAUCGCAGUGGUGCUCAUCACACUGAUGGCAUUCUCCAUGGUGCGAGUAGACACAUGGAGGGCCAAGUGGGAGAAGAAGCUCACCAAGGUAACGGAAGACACCUUGGAGGAGCAACAAGCCGGGAUAGGAGUGCAACGAAGGAGGAGUCGUUACGCGCUCGUUCUACUGCCGCUGAGCAUUGUCUUGCGAGAAGGGUGCGAGGCGGUUAUCUUUCUAGGCGGCAUCGGAUUGAAUGAUUCCGGUACAGCACUUCCAAUUCCUGCCGUGGUGGGAGCUUUGUGCGGGAUUUUAGUCGGUUGGCUGCUGUUCAAAGGUUGCAGUUCGGUGGGCUUCAAAUGGUUCCUUCUGUUUUCAACUGCAUUGCUUCUCUUAAUCUCCGCUGGCCUUUUCGCUGGGUCCGUUCAUGAGCUGGAGGAGUACACGGACAAUGAGCAUUUCAUCUGGAAAAUGAACUGCUGCAGCCAAGACGACAGCGGCAUCUGGAAAAUCUUGAACGCUGUUGUGGGGUGGCGUAACGAGGGGACGGUGGGGACGUUGGUCUCCUACAUAUCCUACUGGGUUUUCAUCGUUGCGUGCUUCUUUCUUUUGCGCUUGAAAUGGAAGAGAGACGCAGAGCGUGAAAUUGUCGCCGCAGCAUAG